GAACUUUAUCAAAAAGGGCGCACUUAAAAGGCGCAGAUUAGGUUGGAUAAUUGUCAUGAUUGGUUUUUUCCCCAACCAUGAAGUACGUGUGUCUAGUGCUUUGGUUCUUGCCCAUCUUGGGACUAUCCCAACAGCAUUGUGGAUACAAUGCGUGUCCACGUUUAAACGCGUCCGAGCUCAACGUCCACAUAAUCGCGCAUUCUCACGAUGACGUCGGCUGGUUGAAAACCGUCGACGAGUACUACUACGGCACUAGGUCCCAUGUUCAAAGCGCUCAGGUGAAGUACAUCAUCAGCUCGGUGGUCGACGCUCUUCGCGAAAACCCAAAACGGAGGUUCAUCCAAGUGGAGACCGCAUUUUUUCACAAAUGGUGGCAGGAGCAGAACGAAGAAAAACGUCAACAGGUCCACGAUUUAAUCCGAAAUGGGCGAUUGCAAAUCGUAGGCGGCGGUUGGAGCAUGAACGACGAAGGAGCGGUUCACUACCAGCCGACAAUCGACCAGUUCACCUUCGCGUUGAAGUUUCUGAAGGACACCUUCGGCGAGUGCGCCCUGCCGAAGGUCGCGUGGCAAAUCGAUCCGUUCGGUCACACGCGCGAAAUGGCGAGCAUGUUCGCCCAAAUGGGCUUCGACGGCUUCUUCAUGGGACGUAUCGACUGGCGCGACAGGUACGCCCGUUUCGGCACCCGCACCGCCGAAAUGCUCUGGCAAGGCAGCGCGAAUUUGGGCAACGAGUCUAAGAUCUUCACGCACUUACUCUACGAGCACUACACCGCACCCUCCGGUUUCUACUUUGAUGUUAACAGCAAGGACGAUCCGCUCGUCGCCAACAGUGCGAGCCCUGCUUACAACUUGAAGAAGAAAGUAGCAGAAUUCACCAACUACGUCGACCGCCAGAGUGGCAAGUACACGUCAAACAACAUCAUGAUCACCAUGGGCCAUGACUUCGCGUACCAAAACGCUAAUUACAACUUCGACAAUUUGGACACGUUAAUUAAGGCCUACGAGGAUUGGGUGCAGGUCGAUAGUAAAAAUCGACGGAUCCGCCUUAUCUACUCCACCCCCACAUGCUACCUCAAAGCCGUGAAUGACUACGCGAACUCGCACGGUCUGGCCUACAAGAUCAAGACGGACGACUUCGUUCCGCUGUGGAACGACGCGCACACCUACUGGUCCGGGUACUACACCUCGAGACCGACGCAAAAGCGAUUCGAGCGGCAGGGCAACAAUCUGCUGCAGAUCGCCAAGCAGUUGACGGCCAGACGGUCGGACUUAAAUCAGCGAGUCGACGAGUUGAGGGACGCCAUGGGAGUCAUGCAGCACCACGACGCGAUCACCGGUACGGAGAAGGACUUGGUGGCGAAGGACUACGCGAGGAUUGUCAUGAAAGCUUUCGACAGCACUUUUGACGUGAUCAGCUCCGCGCUGAAUCAACUUCUAGGUGGUAACCAGGUGGUAUUCCGUCCGUGUCUUAUGGCCAAUGUCAGUCAGUGCGAAGAGACGCGCAGGGAGAAAUUCGUAGUCGCCGUUUAUAAUCCUCUCAGUCGAAGGGUCUCCCACCACGUUCGCUUACCGAUCGACUCCGAGUUCGUCGCGGUCACCGAUCUCGACGGUAACGCGGUGCAAUGGCAAAUCACACCACGCAUCGAUGCGUUCGCGAAUAUUCCCAACGUUCACAUCGCGAAAUACGACUUGGUCUUCCUCGCUGAAAAUCUACCACCGCUCGGCGCUAAGCUAUUCCACGUCGUCACCAAAUCCGGACAGAACGCCCCAAUAACGCCGGUCCCUGCUGAUCAAGCGUACGAGCUGGGAGACAGCAUUCACGGCGUGAAACUCGACAAGACCACCGGACUGCUCCAGAACGUCACUUUGCACGACAAAACGCUGGGCGUUAAACAAGAACUGAUGUUUUACUUCAGCGCGCAGGGCAAUAACCAAGGUGCUGAAAACCGCGCUUCGGGAGCGUACAUCUUUCGACCCGAUGCCAGCCAACCGACCGCUCUACCCUUAGAAAACGCGGUCAAUGUAACUACAUUCAAAGGGCCGCUACUGGACGAGGUCCACCAACAUUUCGGGAACUGGGCGAAACAGAUUAUCAGAGUUUACAAGGGCGCGAGGGACCACAUCGAGUUUGAUUGGCUCGUGGGGCCGAUUGACGUCAGCGACGGAAAGGGGAAGGAGGUGAUAUCGCGCUUCCAACUGCAAUCGUUCGGAUCCAAAGAGAACGUGUUUUACACCGACUCCAAUGGGCGCGAGUUGAUUAGGCGAAAGAAGAAUUAUAGGGAAACCUUCGAGUACACGGACGAGGAGAAGGUGGCGGGAAAUUACUUUCCGGUCACCUCCAGCUUAUCGCUAGUGGAUGACGUUACCAAAAUGGAGGCCGCUGUUCUAACAGACCGCGCGCAAGGGGGUGGCAGUUUAGAAGCGGGCCAGCUCGAGCUGAUGAUUCACAGACGGUUGCUGCGCGAUGACGCCUUCGGCGUGGAACAGGCCCUCAACGAGGAAGAGUUUGGUAACGGACUUAGAGUGAGAGGACAGCACUUCUUUACAUUUGGAGCUACGAGCCGAGUACGGAGAGAUAUUGCCCAACAAAAAAUCCUGGCAUCCUGGGCGUUUGUGGCCGACGGCUCCAGUGGCCUCCCCAAGAUACAAUCUGAGUUUUCGCUCCUCACGCGAGAACUUCCAGCGCAAGUGCAACUUCUAACCUUGGAACAUUGGAGCGAGAACGAAGUACUUUUACGAUUCGAGCACAUCCUUGAAGCCAGCGAGGGAGGAUGCGAGCAAACCGUCAACUUUCAGAACCUGUUCACGUUCUUCGACGUGACCGAUCUGCAGGAGACCACGUUGGCGGCAAGCAUGAAACUCGAAGAGCGCAAACAGAUGCAUUGGUCAAACAGUGGGUGCCUCUCUUGGGGGGAGACAACCUGCGAAAGGUCUACAGAUCGCGUUGAACGAAAGCUGGACGUGGAUAUUAAGUUGGCGCCGAUGCAGAUUCGCACUUUUAUAGCGACAGUUGAAGGGAAACGGAUUAAGACCUACUGAAAUUGCUCUCGGAUUAAUUCAAGUUUAGUGAGAUCAUAAAAUGUAAAGUACAAUGUGAUUAAAUUCAACCAUCCAUCCAAAUUUUACAACUUGAGCUUUGAUCAACAAAUAAAAUAUUUUGUCUGUGCA